GUUUGAAGCAGUCAGCUGAGCCCAACUUGUGCGGACGCGGCUGUAACCUCGUACAACAUGCAGGAUCACAAGGAUCACGUUUAACCCUGUGCACAGUUUGUCAACGUGUACAGAAAACAAUCCAGUUUUAAACACCCUCUCUUUUAAUUACACUUCGCCGUUCUUUCCCCGUGAAGAAUAGCCUACCGAUUUGGAGGCUGUUGCGCAGGGGUUUGGAGGUUCAUGUUACCGAUCAAACCAAGCACAGUGACACUGAGUAUGGCCUUAGCUGGAUGCCCAGACUACUUCCUCCAUCAUCCAAACUACCAGGACAAUGUUGACUGCACACCCUCUCACAGACCAUCAAAUCUAAUCAGCUCAAGCUUCCAGCAGUCGACGAUUCAGAAUUCUCCUAAUCACCCAGAGGAUGAUGUAGAUUUGGAAGCCCUGGUGAAUGACAUGGCCUCUCUUUCGUCCUAUGAGAGUAUCUAUGCAACCUGUGGGACCCAGCAUUCAGACUCCGCCCCUCUCUUGCACCGCACUGAUGGCAGUGGGCUCCAUGGCAACAGAGUGGCCCCACUGCCACGGGCCCCUAGCAAUAAAGUGACUGCCCCCCACUGUCCUACCCAAAAGCUCCGACGAUCACAGCCAAUGCACAUACAGGCUGUCAGACGACUUCAAGAAGAAGAGUUUCAAGUUCGUCCAGCGUCUUUGCCAGCUAUUCCGAACCCUUUCCCUGAGCUCUGCAGCCCCUCGGGAUCUCCUGUGCUGAGCCCUGGAUCUCUGCCACAGCCAUCAGAGUCACAUAUCAUCAAGGUUUUCAGCGAGGAUGGUGUGGGAAAAGUUGUGGAAGUCCCCGCCGACAUGACGGCUAGAGAUGUGUGUCAGUUCCUGGUCUACAAGAACCACUGCCUGGAUGACAACUGCUGGUCGCUAGUGGAGCAUCAUUCCCUGCUUGGUCUGGAGAGGUGCCUGGAAGAUCAUGAACUGGUUGUUCCUGUGCAGGCCUGCAUGUCUCCAGAGAGCAAGUUUCUCUUCAGAAAGAACUACGCCAAAUACGAGUUCUUCAGAAACCCACUGAACUUUUUUCCGGAGCAGAUGGUAGCGUGGUGUCAGGAAACUAAUGGCUCUAUCCCACAGUCACAGCUCUUAGAGAAUUUCUUGAAUUCCAGCAGCUGUCCAGAGAUCCAGGGCUUCCUUUAUAUGAAAGAGACGGGCCGCAAGUCCUGGAAGAAGCUCUACAUGUUCUUGCGCCGUUCUGGACUGUACUACUCUACUAAAGGAAUGUCUAAGGAGCCAAGGCACCUGCAGUUACUGUUGGACUUAGAGGAGAGCAAUGUUUUUACUGUGACGACGGGCAGAAAGAUGCACAACGCACCCACAGACUACCAAUUCUGCAUUAAGCCCAGUAAGGGCAGGACAGAACAGAAGGAGUUGAAGAUGCUGUGUGCCGAGGACGAGCAGAGCCGUACGUGCUGGAUGACUGCUUUCAGACUGCUCAAGUUUGGAAUUCUCCUGUAUCAGAACUACAAGAGCCCACACCAGAGAAAGACUGCCAUAUCAAACUUCGCCACACCUAUGCGGAGUGUGUCUGAGAAUUCGCUGGUGGCCAUGGAUUUCUCAGGAAGGACGGGUCGUGUGAUUGACAACCCUGUGGAGGCUCAGAGCGCUGCCAUGGAAGAGGGACACACUUGGAGAAAACGAGGUCAGAGAAUGAACGUUUUGGGAAGCCCCAGUCCUCUACAUCCCUCGCCGUUAAGCUCAGUGAUCCACAGGACACAGUUAUGGUUCCAUGGCCGAAUUAUGAGAGAGGAGUCCCACAGGAUGAUUACACAGCAGGGCCAAGUUGAUGGGUUAUUCCUAUUGAGAGACAGCCAGAGCAACCCGAAAGCAUUUGUUCUCACGCUGUGCCAUCAUCAGAAGAUUAAACACUUCCAGAUUUUACCUUUUGAGGAGGACGGCCAGGUCUUUUUUAGCCUUGAUGACGGCUCUACCAAGUUCACAGACCUGAUCCAUCUGGUAGAGUUCUACCAGCUCAACCGGGGCAUCCUGCCCUGCAAACUCAAACACCCCUGCACCAUGGUGGCCUUAUGACCCCCUCCUGAUCCUUACAAACACACACACACACCACACACAAACACACACACCCCCACACGUACAUAUACACACAAGUAACUGAGAACCUGGAUGCUUUUUUAAAUAAUAAUUUCCAGUCAUUUUCACAAUAAGCUGACGCAACCCAAGGGCACGAGAAAGAUCUCUGCUUUUCUCGCUGCUCUGGGAUUAGCACGUUUGGGAAAAAUUAUGGGACAAGAUCAACUUCCCGAACACCCUGUCCUUUGUUUUUGAGCAGGAUGGCGUUUUUUUUUUAAAACAGUCUCUGUGGUGAUAUUCAUGAACUUUCAGUGAAAUCGAGACUUUUUCAUCAUUCAGGACAUGACACUAGACACACCCCCCAUGAACUGAUUGGAUCGGGACGGUCGUUUCGUGUGGUGUGUCUGUGGAGAAGUUACUUGAUGACGAUUGAUAUGUAUUAUGUUUUUUCCUCCUAAUAUUUACCUGAAUAUUUUGCACUCUCAAGCUGAAAACCCUGAGCUUACCGCAACAACUGUUACCCAUUUGCUUUCCUCCUACAGCUCACCCUUUCAUUUUUUGUCCUCUUCUAAACUCUUCCUGGGGAUUCCCUGUGUAAUGAUGGGAUUAGUGCAGCAGCGAUCACAGUAAUGACAAUUUGAGGUGACAAAUCCUCAGCCAAAUAAUGUUACCUGGUCUUUCAAACAUUGCUAUGUCUAUGUCAGCGAAGAGGGACUAGCAGCAAGGGGUAGCAGACUUGCACUUCGAUAAAUUAUACUUGAUUGCUAUGCUUUACCAGCAUAAGAAAUAGUUAAAUUUGGAGUUCUAAUUAAGCUUUGCCUUAAAGGAAUGUUCUGGGUUAAAUAUAACUUAAGCUCAAUCAACAUUCUCAGUCGCAUGCCGUUGAUUACAACAGAAAAUGUACUUUAAAAAACAAAAGCAUGUCGACAGUCACCUGCUUAUAAUGCAGCUCCAUUUUUCUCAAUUAACUUUCUUUGUAAGUGGAUUUCAAUCAAAUUUUGUAUUCAGUUUGAUUCCAAGCUGUCAGACAAGUAUUUCUGUUAUAAACUAAAUUAUGCCACAGAGUUUAAAGGGACAGUUCACCAAAAAAAAAAUUGUCAUCAUUGGUCAAAA